AUGGGAAUCAGGCAUACCAGCGAGUGCAGAAGUAAGAUUGAGAGGGCUCAGGCUGCUCUGCAAGCUGUCAAUGCUGUGCAUUCUGGGAAUAUGAGUCUCGCUGGGACUGCGACAGGCAGUGAUGGUGGAAUGAUGCCUGGACAAAGUCCUGUGCUUCGUAUCAUCGUAGAGAAUCUCUACUACCCAGUGUCUCUAGAAGUGCUACACCAGAUCUUCUCAAAAUUUGGAACGGUCCUAAAGAUCAUUACCUUCACCAAGAACAACCAGUUCCAGGCCUUGCUACAAUAUGCAGAUCCAAUGAACGCACAUCACGCCAAAGUGGUCAGUAAAUAG